AUGGCGGAAGAAGUGCCCAAAUAUGAUCCGGAGAGACAGGCCUCUUUGACUGGAGUCGCCGAGGGUCUCUCGAGCGAGGAUGACGCCGCCGUCUUGGCGAAGCUUGGAUACAAGCAAGAAUUGCGCCGCAACUUCACGAUGAUCGAAGUCUUCGGCAUUGCAUUCUCCAUCAUGGGUCUCCUACCUUCGAUAGCGUCUACACUGGCAUACUCGCUGCCAGCCGGGCCGGCUGGCUUAGUUUGGGGCUGGUUCACGGCGAGCGCGUUUAUCUUCGUUGUAGGACUGGCAAUGGCGGAUCUGGGCAGUGCUAUGCCUACUUCCGGGGGCCUCUAUUGGUGGACGCACUACUUCGCCAGCCCGAAGACUCGUAAUGCGUUGUCCUUCCUCGUUGGAUACAGCAACACGCUAGGCCUGGUUGGCGGUCUUUGCUCCAUCGAUUACGGCUUCGCCCUGAUGUUCCUCUCGGUUAUCGUCAUUGCGCGUGACGGGAACUGGACGCCAUCGAACGGCAUCGUCUACGCCGUGUUCAUGUGUUGCGUGCUCGUCCACGGCGUCCUCGCCUCUACCAUAUCAAAGGCUAUGGCAAAGUUGCAAACGGCAUUUGUCAUCGCCAACUUCAUACUUAUUUUUGCAACCAUUAUUGCUUUGCCCGUCGGACGAGCGAGUCAGCGGAACGACGGCGAAUUCAUCUUCGGGACGACCGGAAAUCUCACGACGUGGCCUAUUGGAUGGGCUUGGUUUCUGAGCUGGCUUAGUCCUAUUUGGACGAUCGGUGGUUUUGACUCCUGUGUGCACAUGUCGGAAGAGGCUUCCAACGCGACGAAAGCUGUUCCUUAUGGCAUUCUGAUGAGCAUCGGCAGCUGCUGGUUGUUCGGCUUCAUCAUCUGCAUCGUGAUUGCUGCUUGCAUUAGCCCCGAUAUCGAGUCUGUUCUAGGCUCGCCAUUCGGGCAGCCUAUGGCGCAGAUUUACUUCGAUGCGCUUGGAAAGAAGGGAGCACUAGCGCUUAUGAGCCUGCUGUUCAUCGUCCAAUUCCUCAUGGGACUCAGUAUUCUCGUCGCUGUCAGUCGGCAAAGUUGGGCCUUCUCCCGCGACGGCGCUCUGCCUUUCAGCAAAUUCUUCCGCAAAGUCAAUGCGCGCCUGUUCAUUCCCGUUCGCGCUGUGUGGGGCUGCGUUUUCGUUGCGCUCAUCCUUGGACUCCUCUGUCUUAUCGCUCCUGCAGCGGCAGCGGCGCUCUUCUCUCUCGCUGUGGCUGGCAACAACGUAGCCUGGGGCACGCCCAUACUCUGCCGUCUCGUGUGGGGUCAGAAAAAGUUCAAGCCCGGGCCUGUCUAUACCGGCGACAAGCUCUCGAGACCGAUCGGUUGGCUGGCGAUCGUGUUCCUGUGCUUCGGCAUCAUGCUUGCCAUGUUCCCCGCUGGAGGACCAGAUCCCACACCGGAGACGAUGAACUAUACCGUUGUCGUUAACAGUGCGGUAUGGGGAGGCGCGCUGCUUUACUAUUUCAUCGAUGCGAGGAAAUGGUUCACGGGACCUAAGAUAACACUUAGUGAGGAGGAUCUAACAGAGGAACAAGCAGCUGCGAUUCGUGAGGAGGGCCUGCAGAUUGAAGGGCUGCCCGCGGCAGCUGAGAGCGUUGAGGGCGAAGGCAUCACCGAAGCUGAUCCGGACAAGAAGGCGUAG